GUUUGUUGAUCCGAUCACACCCCGCCAACGCGACUGGCCCGCCAUUAGUCUAUCGACUACCCUUUAUUACUCGAGGGUGUGUAACUGACCGGCUUUGCGCCGUCAACUACAACACUGGUGCGGUGCGAGCGCAUGAACUGGUCCACGAAAGCCUCUCCAAGCCCGAUUCGCCCCAUCUUACCUUUGAAGCCAAAGUCGAACAAAGAAUGCCCCCUCAUUCCAGUUAGUCUGGGCGUGGAACCGAGAAGCAGUAUACCUAACAUACGGAAAACAUAAUACGAACCCGACCUGUUGUUUCUGCCCGUCACACAGUCGGGACGCUGCAUCUGGCGUCCUCGGCGCUGUCGUUCUUUGACUGCCUCCCAUGCUUGCCAUAGGACCUCUUUUAAGCUCAUUGUCGCUUCUAUCAGGGAAGGGAGCAGGUUUCGUUUCAAUCCAGCUCUUACUUCAUUAUCGUCAUGAAUCUAGCACAUACGGAUAGAUAACCGACCAGCAACUACACACGCACAAUCCACCAGGAUGGUGCCGCCACCCUCCGCCUCCGUAUCCUCAUCUUCCUACACUUUCACCACCCCAACGGUGGGUGGCAGCAUGAACGCCGAUGCACCCCCAAAUGGCCGCCCCGGCAAGCCACCGCUACCGCAUAUCGAUGAUCUCCUCAAUCCGCCUGUGAAUAUCGAUGCUUUCGCCCCCAUCGAGACCGUCAUAGCACAGGGUGAAAAUCACCUCAGAAGUGCCGAGUCUCUCAAGGGCUUUGGUCGUCCCCAUAUGGCCCUGAAGGAAUACGUCUCAGCUACUGUAGUAGCUGUUGAGGCUGUUCCGAGGAACAAGGGGUUUGGAUCUCUCUCGGAUAGGAAGCAGUUGGCUGCACGUCACACAGCUCUGAUGCGCAAGAUCCAGGCCUUACACCCCGAGUUCGAGAAGGUCAAAGCAGCUGUCAAGCUGGACAACCAAAAAAGCGGCGUUCGGCCUCAACGUACCAACCUGUCAUCAACGCGGGUCAAUGGUCAUCCUCAGCCAGGACUGCAUUCGAAUGGGGGUGCGGUGAAGCCUGUGGCAUCAGAGUCACCUUUGUCAGGCAAUGGAGCCGUGCCCAGUCCCGGACACAGCCAGGAUGUCCCCCAACAUGCAGCAAACGGGGUUGUCACCAGAAGACCACCGCCACAUCCAAAGCCCCAAGCCUUGCAUGGAAACUCUGUACAGUCUGGGCCAAACGGCGCCGGCCCUUCGAGUCCUCCAGUCCAAGAUCUUGCCGAACGUUUUGCCAAUUUGCGAGGUGGUAAAAUUGCAGCUGGCACCUCAUCACAACGACCGUUAGGAUCAACAGGUUCACGGCCCACGCCAGGCCAAGUCGCAGGAAUAUCAAUACAGAGUGACAUUCCCACCGACUUCCCCAAGUUACCCGAGGCCAUUUACAGUCCAGCAAGGGGAACCGUUUCCAAUGAGUCCGCGAACCUGCCCUCGAGUAAUUCGCGGGGAAUGUUCAGCAGGGCAGCUUCUUCCACGUCAAUGACUUCGCUGGGCAAGCAACCUUUGGGCAGAGAGGAUUAUUCGGCCCCUGCAAAUAACCAACAAGCAAAGCCACCCUCAGCCCGUCCUCAGCCCCGAAUUCCCGAGGGAGAUACCGUAACGCCAGAACAGUUGGCCGAGUUUAUGCGUUGCUCGUCCGUUAACUUCAAGGUUCUGAUAAUUGAUGUACGAACCAGAGAGGAAUUCAACGAGGGCCACAUAAUGUCAACGUCCAUCAUUUGUGUAGAGCCAGACGUGUUACAACGGGAACACAUCUCUGCAGAUGAUAUCGCGCAGAGUCUGAUUCUCGCACCUCCGCGCGAGGAAGAAAUCUUCAGUCGACGGAGUGAAUACGAUCUAGUCGUCUUUUACAAUCAAGAUUCGCAGGAGAUUAACUGGCGGGGCGGUACACCAGCAGAGAAUGCUUUGUUCGGCUUGUACAAUGCCCUCAGGCACUUUGAUUACGACCUGACAGGAGACAGCAAGCCGGCGAAGCUGCUCAAGGGGGGUCUUGAUGCCUGGGUUGAACUUGUCGGCGUACACGGUCUAGAAAGUUCCGAAACCUCUGGUGCGAUGCCCAAGAUCCAACACACCAAGUCACGGUUUCCUAUGUCGCUUGGUCAGGGCAGACCAAAAGCAAAGCCCAUUCAGAAUGCCGAAGAUGCCAGGCGUUGGAACGAAAAGCUCACUACUGAGGGGCAGAGUAUCGUUCGUACACAAGAGGAAUUCUUGAGGAGAUUUCCUGCAGUAAGUGAUGUGCGGGAGUCAAUGACUGCCCCUGUCACACAAGCUACAAGAGGAUUCCCUGCCUCGGCAGCAGAUAUCAAUAACACGAUGCUUUCGCCGCCAGCUCGGCCGGCCCGGACCUUGACCAGACAGAGCUACACCGGCCUAAGGGAAACCGGUGAGGAGGAACCAUAUGCACCAAUUGCUACGGAAUCCAAGGCUCUUGUGCGAAGAGAGAGACGCCCAGUCGGCCUCACGAAUCCCGGCGUCUGGUGCUACUCCAACGCCUCAAUCCAGGCCCUUUUCCACUCGAGCGGGUUCGUCGACGAGUUAGUUGGCGAGGACUGGCAAAGUCGAUGGCGGGUGCCGAUGCGCGAUGGAGAGAAACUGGAGAACCACCAAUUCCUGUCCAAAAUCUUGUCCAAUCUGUUCCACUGGAUGUUGAACGGCCAAUUUGAAUCGAUGGAAUGUAGGACUUUGAUGGAAUAUUGCAACUUCAUUGACCGCAAUACCGUGCUCUAUGAGCGUGGGGAGAACCAGCCAAAGGGUGCGCAUGAAGCAUUUGGCAGCAGACACAAGCAGCAGGACGCCGAGGAGUUCAUUAGCUUCUUGAUGGAUCACCUCCACGACGAGACAAAUCGUCUGCGGAACAAGAAUUUCAAUCCAUCCAGCUUGGUGUUUAGUAAUGAUAGCCAUAAGAAUGCCUUUGCCUUCUGGAAUGGGUGGUGCUCGGCCAACGACUCGGUUAUCGACCGUUACUGGCGUGGUCUGUCUCAAAACGUGGUACGCUGCAAAGAAUGUUCACACACCAAUUAUAGCCAUGAGGCCUUCAACAAGAUCCAAGUUCCAGUCCCGGAAUCAAGGGGGCCAUGCAGGUUGGUAGACUUAUUGCCAGGCGGAUUCUCUUACAACGAGUCCCUUGAUGAUUACAAGUGCGACGGAUGCAAGAAGAAGAACACGACCUCGUCAACGGUACGACUGGCCCGGCUGCCCAAGCUUCUCUGCAUCUCUCUUAGCAGAUUCAGUGUCGACAGAGGAGAUACCAGAAAAAACAACACCAAGGUCGUCUUUCCCCUUGACGAUUUGAAUCUUGCGGCUGUAUCAGAUCCAACGCCGAAUAAGGACGGAAUAGGCGAAGAAUGGACUGGACCUUUCCGUUACUAUUGCUAUGCGGCCGUUCUUCAUGGUGGAAGUUUGAGAUCUGGUCAUUAUACAGCAUUUGUGAGGGACCAGAACCCAUCCAGGAACGGCGGCGUUUGGUACCACUGCAACGAUUCGGUUAUCUCUACCAAGACGAUCAAGAACGAGGAGGAUGCUGAUUCGGCAGGCAUGUAUGCUGCCGACUCGGAAUCUUCGGCUUAUAUUCUAUUCUACAGUCGUCACCCCGCGGCGAAAUGAAAAACGACAGCUUAACCCCAUCACUGUGAGCUCAAUGCCCAUGGGGAAGCAUGGUUUGCAGUGACCUGGGGUUAUUUGCAGGGUGCAGCGGAGGCUAAUUCUCAAUUCUUGAGUUUUGUCUCUUUUUCAACUUUUAUUUUAUUUUUAUUAUUUUUAUUUUAUCAUUGCCUUCUACUUUUUGUUUGUCUGCUACCUUUUGUGGACUUAGCUAUAAAGACCUGGGGUUGAGUUUUGGCGGCGUUUUGUUUUAUGUGCUUAUUUUGGAUCGUGGGCAUAUUAGCAAGGUGCAACGGAGAUUUGUGGUUCACGCAUUCAUUCCGCUUCUUACUUGCGUUUCGUCGACAAAGCGAGCUUCUAUGAGAAAUGAUCUUGGAGAUGAUGAUGCUCUGUGGGUGCCAUGUGACAAGUGUGAGAAAAAAAACAAGACAUUCUCAAUACUGAUUAAUUAUAUUGUGACUCUUGCCCUUUUCACGUAUACAUCACAUACACAGUAGGGCACCUAUAAUUGAAUAACC